AUGUCGAGUCGUGCCGCUCCUGACCAAAGACACAUGGUCACUAGUAAGGUGUCUGAUGAGCGACAACAUAAGAAAGCACCGAAGGAGUUGAACGAGUCGACGCCGCUCAGCCAUCGCUUCACCUCAGCAGUCAGAGGUCUUUUUCGAAAGGAUUCUGUGAGCGAUGUGCAGCUCGAGCAUAUUGGUGAAAGGCACUGGUCAGAGGACUAA